CAAAUUGCCUAACAUUAGCCUGCAAUGUUAAACUAGAUGCCCCAAUUCCACAUUUCUCAUUAACAAAGAUGCAUUCAUUAUUUAUUUACAUAGCGUAAGUAAUGAGCUUUCUUGAAAUAAAUCAACAAUAACCAAUAAGGUAAAGAGCAUGAUAAAUACAUGUUCUUUAGCCAACUAACCACUUAUAAAUUCACAAAUACGAACAACUCAUGCUUCAUUUUUGAGGCAAACCUACCAUAUACAAAAUUUGGUAAAGCCAACAAACCAUAAAUGACUCGCCUGAUAGCAUUUCUAACAGUUAUCCUCUUAGUUUCUGGAUCAGCCAUGCCUCAGCAGAUACAAGAUUUCAUCGAUUGUUUGAAUGUUAUUAUAUACUUCAGCUCAUGUAUAGGGUAUAUCGAUGGGCAUGUGAGGGAACCAACAUGGGGCUGUUGCAUGGGAGUUCACGAACUUAAUAGGUUAGUGAAACAGGAUCGUGAUGCCCAGAAGAUCUGUCAAUGCAUUGAGCUCAUUGCAGCCGUAGAUGAUCCUCCUUUUGUUCUUGCCAACAUUGAUGCUCUUCCAUCCAAAUGCCAGACACAUCUCAGCUUUCCCAUCUCUGUUAAAAAGAAUUGCUCAGAAGUUCAGUGAAAUGAUGAAUUAUGCAGAAGUCUUCUGAACUGAGCCUGGAAUAUGAAGCCGAUAACACGGAUAAACAUACUCCCCAUUAAGCUACAUUUCUUUUUUGUUACUCUAAAAUAAAGAGACUAAAAAUAUAACAGGAUCACAUUUUGUAAUUAUGUUAAUGUUCUUGAUUCUAUUGUGUUCUGCUAUGUAUUCAGAUUCAUCAUCAAAUGGGGUAAUUAUUCUUUUCCAUCU